AUGGAAGAAAGAAAAAAAAAUUAUAUUGAAGAUUUUGAUUGGUUUAAUAUGUAUUUUAAAGAAAUUGAAUACAGUGAAAAUGAUUGUGUAAUUGGUCAAUGUAAAAGAUAUACUCAUUUAGAAAAUGAUAUUAAAAAAAAACCAAAAAACAAUUAUAUAAGAAUAAAAGGUAAAAAAUAUAUUCAAGAUAAGGAAGGUCAUACAUUUUUUUAUAAUCAUUUUAUUCAAUCAGCAACAUGUAGUGGAGUUUUAGGUGGUUCAUGUAAGAAAUGUGAUGAAUAUAUAGAAACCUAUGAAGAAAUAGAUUAUUGUUUAGAAAAAUUUGAAAAUCAUUUAAGUAUGUAUCUUUUUUUUAAAUUUUUUAUAAAAAAAAAACAAAAACAAUGUCACCCCCCAUACAAAUCCUAA